UCCUGACCUCUGCCCAACCUCUUGCUCUCUGCACCCAAUACCCCGAAUACAUACAGGAGCAGAGGCAGGCUAGGACCAGAGGAAAGAGGAGAGGGGACUGAAGACAGACUUUGAGAGGGCUUAGAAACCCAGUGCACCCCCUCUCCCAGCCCUGUCCACCUGCUGCUGUGACCACAGUGAGAGAAAAGACAGCUAGUAAGAUAGGAAGUGAGGCCGGGUACCUUGUGGGCAGUGAUGUCAUUAGCUGCGACUCCUAAGAUGUCUCCAGAGAUGGGAGAGCUCACCCAAACCAGGUUGCAGAAGAUCUGGAUUCCACACAGCAGCGGCAGCAGCAGGCUGCAUCGGAGAAGGGGCUCAUCCAUACCCCAGUUUACCAAUUCCCCCACGAUGGUGAUCAUGGUGGGUUUACCAGCUCGAGGCAAGACUUAUAUCUCCACGAAGCUCACACGAUAUCUCAACUGGAUAGGAACACCAACUAAAGUCCCUCCCAGCAAGGACAUUUUUUGGCCACUGGGAUCUUCCCAACCUCUUCACUGGCGCUCCCUGCUUUCAGUGUUUAAUUUAGGCCAGUAUCGACGAGAGGCAGUGAGCUACAAGAACUAUGAAUUCUUUCUUCCAGACAACAUGGAGGCCCUGCAAAUCAGGAAGCAGUGCGCCCUAGCAGCCCUGAAGGAUGUUCACAACUAUCUCAGCCGUGAAGAAGGUCAUGUCGCGGUUUUUGAUGCCACCAACACUACCAGAGAACGACGGUCACUGAUCCUGCAGUUUGCAAAAGAACAUGGUUACAAGGUGUUUUUCAUUGAGUCCAUUUGUAAUGACCCUGGCGUAAUUGCAGAAAACAUCAGGCAAGUGAAACUUGGCAGCCCUGAUUAUGUAGACUGUGACCGUGAAAAGGUUCUGGAAGACUUUCUAAAGAGAAUUGAGUGCUAUGAGGUCAACUACCAACCCUUGGAUGAGGAACUGGACAGCCACCUGUCCUACAUCAAGAUCUUCGACGUGGGCACACGCUACAUGGUGAACCGAGUGCAGGGUCACAUCCAGAGCCGCACAGUCUACUACCUCAUGAAUAUCCACGUCACACCUCGCUCCAUCUACCUAUGCCGGCAUGGUGAGAGUGAUCUCAACCUCAGAGGCCGCAUCGGAGGUGACUCUGGCCUCUCAGUUCGUGGCAAGCAGUAUGCCUAUGCCCUGGCCAACUUCAUUCAGUCCCAGGGCAUCAGCUCCCUGAAGGUGUGGACCAGUCACAUGAAGAGGACCAUCCAGACAGCUGAGGCCCUGGGUGUCCCCUAUGAGCAGUGGAAGGCCCUGAAUGAGAUUGAUGCGGGUGUCUGUGAGGAGAUGACCUAUGAAGAAAUCCAGGAACAUUACCCUGAAGAAUUUGCACUGCGAGACCAAGAUAAAUAUCGCUACCGCUAUCCCAAGGGAGAGUCCUAUGAGGAUCUGGUUCAGCGUCUGGAGCCAGUGAUAAUGGAGCUAGAACGACAGGAGAAUGUACUGGUGAUCUGCCACCAGGCCGUCAUGCGGUGCCUCCUGGCCUAUUUCCUGGAUAAAAGUUCAGAUGAGCUUCCAUAUCUCAAGUGCCCUCUGCACACAGUGCUCAAACUCACUCCUGUGGCUUAUGGCUGCAAAGUGGAGUCCAUCUACCUGAAUGUGGAAGCCGUGAACACACACCGGGAGAAGCCUGAGAAUGUGGACAUCACCCGGGAACCUGAGGAAGCCCUGGAUACUGUCCCUGCCCACUACUGAGCCCUUUCCAAGAAAGUGUCCUCAUCGCCUUCCACCUUUAGGAAAUGCUAUCCUUGCUCUUCUCCUACUCUGCCUCGGCCUCACUGAGGUACUCCACUGCCAGUGAAGAAGUCCUCCGCAACUCCCAAACAAGCCUCACUUACUGGCCACAACUAAGGAGCUAUCUAGCUCUGGAUGAAACUUUCUUUCUUAAUUCCUAUUGUCUGACGAAUAAAGACUUACUGCCUACAAGAGGAGAGGAGGAGGUCAUGGAGAGGCUUAUCCAAUUUUUCUCAAGGUACUGAUCCUAAUCCUGACCCAGCUCUGCUGCUAUGAGGGCAUGGAACAGGUAAGGACUUCCUGGAGGGAAAAGUUCUACAGUAGCACCUCCAAAGAUGGGGGAGAAGAUAGAUGCCUGUGAGUUCCUGUGGGCCUUGUUCCAGCAAGGUGGCUGUGGGCAUGACACUUUCAUCCUUACACUCAGAGAAGAAUCUGGCACUUGAGCCAAGUGCUCCUUUCUUCUCCAACUCUUGCUGCCAUCCUGAGUGAUUUCACUGUUUAUGUGAAUGAUCCAACCAAUACUCUGGCCUCACAGUCCCCUGACCCUCUCAACUCAUCUUCUCUCCUUCAACUACCUACUCCAUGGAUUUUGGUAUCAUCUCCCUGGUCUGAUUUCUUAAAUGCAAGCAUCCAACUGUCUGACCACUGCCCACCCACUACCCCAGUCCUUACAACUCUAUAUCAUCCACUGAAUCCCUAACAGUAUGCCUCCAUACAGUAGGCAUAUAUGUAGUAUUUCCUUCUUUUUUUUUUUU